AUGAGGUACGAGAUGGACCAGCAGACUGAAACUAUUCAUAACAGGCUUAGAGAUUCCCUAAAUGAAGAGCUCAUGGAUAUGCAAAAGAAACAAGAAGAAAGUGAGGAGAAAAUCAAGCACUUGGAAAAUAAAAUCUCGCAAAUAGAAAACAGGGAGAGACUGAAAAAUAUCAUUUUCCAUGGCAUUACCGCAGAAAAUUGGGAAAGGGAAGAAAAAGUUAUAGAAAUUGUGAAUAGAGACAUGGGCAUUACUCUGGAAAGAAGCGAGAUUCAGUUUAGCCGUAGAUUAGGUAAAUCCAACAAAAGCCCAAUCCUGAUCAGUCUAUCAUCCCAAUGGAAAAGAAUUAAAAUUCUGAAAAGUAGGAAAAUGCUACAACAAAAGAAUCCCGAAGUAUAUGUUACGGAAGAUUUUCCCAAGGAGGUAUUAGAAGAAAGGAAAAAACUUAAAGAACAAUUAGACGAAGAAAAGAAAAAAGGGAAUAUAGCAUAUAUAAGAUACAAUAAACUAGUAGUAAAAGAGAAGAAUGAUAGCAAGAAGAGGGCUCUCUCACAGUCCCCGCAGCAAGAUAGCAAUGGGACAUCAACUAGCAAUCAAGGACCUGCGAAAAUACAGAAGGGAGACACACUCCAAAGGGAGACGGCGAGGUCAUCACCAUGGAGAAAAGAUAUGGCAUAG